AGCUGCAUUAAGACGGUCAAAGGUGUGCCAGAUGCCAUGAGAGGUAUGCCUGGCCAGGUAUAUGAGCGUGCACAGGCUGCAAAAUUCUCACACACGUACACAAACAUCACACUUAUCAUGAAGACUCUGGUGAUCUGCCUCCUACUGGUCGGAGCACUAGCGGCUCCUUCUCUUCGGUUUCGGUCGCGGCUACCCCGCAAACCGACGGUGGUCGGCGGUACCAACGUCACGCUCGGGGAGCUGCCUUACCAGAUCAGUCUUCAGGAUAUCUCUUUCGGGUUUCCAUAUCACUUCUGCGGCGCCUCCAUAAAGUCUGAGCUGUGGCUGCUGACUGCCGCUCACUGCGUCGAUGAAAUUGACACCGAGUUACCGGACUACGUUCAGGCGGUGGCCGGGGAUGUGAACCAGGUGAUCAACGAAGGGACGGAGCAGGAGUUCAUACUCGCUAAAAUCAUCAUCCACGAGGAAUAUGACGGCUUCACCAUAAGCAACGACAUUGCACUUCUGGAGUUGUCUAGUCCCUUUCAGUUGAACGAUUAUGUGCAGCCCAUCGAAUUGCCUCCCCCCGAACACGUCUCCACAGGAACGUGUGUCGUGUCUGGCUUCGGCGCCACAACGGAAGGGGGAGAUCCCUCAGAAAUUCUCCAAAAGGUCUCUCUGCCAGUGUGGUCAGACAGCGAUUGCAAGAAGGCCUAUGAGGGUGAGAUCGAAGAUGGUAUGUUCUGCGCUGGAGUGACGGAAGGUGGUCACGACGCCUGUGGGGGUGACUCUGGAGGUCCUCUAGCCUGUGACGACCUGGGGACCAGGUACCUGGCUGGCCUGGUGUCUUGGGGUUUCGGAUGUGGGCGUCCAGAUUUCCCCGGCGUAUAUACUAAGGUCUCGCACUACAUUGACUGGAUCAACAGCAACUCUGCGUGAGAGGAUCUCCAUGACUAUACUUACGUCCCUCUGUUGCUGAGAUAAAUUUAUAGACGACCUGGCUUAACUAUUCUCAAUAUACAUUAUGGAAAGUUCA